CUCACUCGUCUCUCUCUCCAACCUCUCUCGAAUCUCAUUUAAUCUCUUUCUGCUCCGUUUUCUGGUUCCUAUUUAUCUCUUCUUUCAAACAUUCAUGGUGGUUUUGGGGCUCAACACUCCUUGAAUGUUAAUGUUUUACCUUGCAGAAGUAAAAAGAAAAUUGGAAGAAUCAUGUAUGGAGAUUGUCAAGUGCUGUCAUCUAUGGGUGGAAAUGUUGUAUCUUCAGACUCCCUCUUUUCGUCACAGAUACAAAACCCUAACUUCAACUUCAUGGCGGCUAAUAUGCCCAGCUUCCACACUUUCCCUCCUGCCAUUCCUAAAGAAGAAACGAACACAUCGAAGGAAAGUGGUUCAGGAAGUGAACACAUAGAAGGAGGAGUGUCAGGGAAUGAGCAAGACAGCGAGCAACAGCUGCAACCGCCCAAGAAGAAACGCUACCACAGGCACACUGCUCGCCAGAUCCAAGAAAUGGAAUCUUUGUUUAAGGAAUGUCCACACCCGGAUGACAAGCAACGCCUAAAACUGAGCCAAGAUCUAGGCCUGAAGCCACGCCAAGUCAAGUUCUGGUUCCAGAAUCGCCGAACCCAGAUGAAGGCACAACAAGACCGUUCAGACAAUGUGAUUCUUAGAGCAGAGAAUGAGAACCUAAGAAAUGAAAAUUAUCGGUUGCAAGCGGCACUGAGGAACAUCAUAUGCCCUAAUUGUGGUGGUUCGGCCAUACUCGCAGAUAUGGCCUUUGAUGAACAGCAACUUCGCCUCGAAAAUGCCAGGCUCAAAGAAGAGUUUGAACGUGUUUGCGGACUUGCUUCAAGAUACGGUGGCCGGCCAUUCCAAACAAUGGGACCGGCUCCUCCUCUUCUUCCGCCUUCCUUAGAUUUGGAUAUGAGUAUCUAUCCGAGGCAGUACCAGGAGCCUAUGUCUAAUUGCUCCGAUAUUAUCCCAAUGUCUUUGAUGUCUGAAAAUCCCCACUUCCCUGGGGCAGUUCUGAUCAUGGAAGAGGAAAAAUCUCUAGCAUUGGAGCUUGCAGUGACAUCAAUGGAUGAACUGGUGAAGAUGUGCCAGGCAGGCGAGCCUCUUUGGCUCCGCAGCAAUGACAAUGGGAAGGAAGUGCUAAACGUCGAAGAGCACGCGAGGAUGUUUCCCUGGCCAAUGGGCCUCAAGCAGCAUUCAGAUGAUCAGUUCAGGACGGAAGCUACCCGUCACAGCGCUGUUGUUAUAAUGAACAGCAUUACUCUGGUUGAUGCAUUUCUAGAUGCAAACAAAUGGAUGGAACUAUUCCCUUCAAUCAUUUCCAGAGCAAAAACACUUCAGAUUAUAACUUCAGGAGUUUCUGGACAUGCAAGUGGUUCACUUCAUCUGAUGUAUGCAGAAUUACAAGUUCUUUCACCUUUGGUGCUGACUAGGGAGGCUCAUUUUCUUCGUUAUUGCCAACAAAAUGUGGAGGAAGGAAGUUGGGUGAUUGUUGAUUUUCCACUGGAUAGCUUCCAUGAAAAUUUGCAGCCUUCCUUUCCAAGAUACAACAGACGGCCCUCGGGCUGCAUCGUUCAAGAUAUGCCCAAUGGUUACUCAAGGGUUACAUGGGUAGAACAUGCAGAGGUAGAGGAACAGCCAAUCCAUCGGAUAUUCAGUCAGUUUGUUGACACCGGAAUCGCGUUUGGAGCACAACGUUGGUUAGCAGUCUUAGGGCGACAAUGUGAGAGAUUUGCAAGCCUUAUGGCCAGAAAUAUAUCCGAACUUGGAGUAAUACCAUCUCCGGAAGCACGAAAGAACUUGAUGAAUCUGGCGCAGAGAAUGAUAAGAACAUUCAGUGUGAACAUAAGCACUUCGAGUGGGCAGUCAUGGACAGCACUUUCUGACAAUGCUGAAGACACUGUUAGAAUUACCACAAGGAAGAUCCUUGAGCCUGGCCAGCCUAAUGGCUUAAUCCUAAGCGCUGUCUCCACUACUUGGCUUCCAUAUUCUCAAUACCAGCUCUUUGAUCUCUUGAGAGACGAGCGUCGCAGAGCUCAGUUGGAGGUUCUCUCUAAUGGAAACUCGUUGCAUGAGGUGGCUCAUAUCGCCAAUGGCUCUCAUCCUGGCAACUGCAUUUCUCUUCUUCGUGUCAAUGUAGCAAGCAACUCAUCCCAGAAUGUAGAGCUCAUCCUGCAGGAAAGCUGCACCGAUGACUCCGGCAGCCUUGUGGUAUACGCCACCGUCAACGUUGAUGCUAUCCAGCUAGCCAUGAGUGGGGAGGAUCUAUCCUGCAUUCCCCUACUUCCCUUAGGGUUUGUCAUCGUCCCCACCGGACAUACCAAUAAUGACUCUGCCAUCAACAGUGAGACAUUAACUUCAGCAAAUGGAAAUGUGGCUGACUCUGGUUGUCUACUCACAGUAGGACUGCAAGUUUUGGCAAGCACAGUACCAACUGCAAAGCUCAAUCUCUCGAGUGUGACCGCCAUCAACAACCACCUAUGCAACACUGUGAACCAGAUAAACGCUGCUCUUAGCGGCGGUGGCUGUGGUGGUGGUUCAUGCCCCGAUAAUGCCAGUGUUGUUGGCUCUUCUGCAGAACCAACAGCUGCACCACCACCCAGCUGAUUAGGGUUUCAUACCCCAAUUACCCAAAAUCUCCCUCUAUCUCUUUCCCUGUCAAGAAAAACUCCCUUGCCAUAUGCAAAGGGCAUUUUGGUAAUUUACUAAGUGGCAUGCAUUAUGGACUAUGAUCCUCUUUGAGCCUUUUUUUUUUAUAUAUAUAAAAAAAAGUUUCUUUAAUUGAGCUUCUAUUUGACAACACACAUAAUGUAAUGUCACUAUGUGAUGUAUGUUGUUGGAUGAAGACUCAAUAAAGCAAAAAGGCUCGGAAAGGAUCAUUGUCAAAUGUGGCCUUGCAUGACUAAGGGUGUCAUUGUCAAAAGGGUAUUCUCUCUCUCUCUUUUUUUUUUCUUUUUUUUUUUUGGGAAAGAAAAGGAGAUUAUUGGGUAAUUAGUAAAAAUAUAGAGGGUAGGGUAGGAAUGUGUGAUAGUAGUUGGUAGUAGGUUUUUGUUUUGGUAAAUAAAUGAAGAGACAGUGUAAUGAAGGAGGAGGGUAGUUGAUAGAUAGGGUAGGUGGAGUGUGAGAAAGAUGUGAUCUGUAUCACAUUGAAAUGAAUGAUGAUGAUGAUCCAUAAGACCUGAGAGCUGAAAUGAAUGCUGAUGAUGAUCCAUAAGACCUGAGAGCAGAGCAGAGCAGUGGUUUGGGGAAGUCAAGAGCGCACCAGAUGUGAUCCUUGCUUGAUUCGCCAGUCCAGCAAGGUGUUGUGGUUCGGGAAUUGACUUCUACUUGUUGGUCCCCUUUUGUCCCUUUUUUUGAAUGCUACAUGCAAGAAUUAUGAUUAUUUCUAUUGCUUUAGUUAUUCAUGUAUUAAUGCGCUCUCUUUCUUA